GCCAGGGAGUAAGCCCGGCAACCACUAUUUACUCCCGGCCUCUGCUUCCGCACCUCAGCACCAAGCCGCGCACUCCAAAGAACUUCGCGAAUAGGAGGCGCGAGACCCCGUCCCCGGUCUCGCGCGCGGUGAAACCCAUCCUAUUCCUACCUAGGCAGCCUCGUCAUGUCCUCCUCCUCCUCUCUCCCGUCUACCACGCCGCAGUCCGCCGGGGCCAUCGGCGCCACCUCGCCCUACUACGCGUCGUCGUCCAUCCUCCCUUCCCUCAUGAUCAUCGCCGCGCUGCUCGCCUUCGUCUUCCUCGCCUCCGUCUCCAUCCACCUCGUGCUCCGCUUCCUCGCCGACCGCUCGUCGUCGUCCGCCGCACCGCCGCGCCCUCGGGCCCUUCGCGACGAGGUGCACUCGGCCGGAACAGUGGGUGAUACGACAGAACGGCUUGCCGCUGCAGCCGAGAGGAAGAAGGAGGAGGUGGGCGACGAGAAGCAGCGGCUGAUCGACUCGCUGCCGCUGUUCACGAUGGCGUCGGCGCUGGCGGCGCUGCCCAAGAGCUCGCCCGACUGCGCCGUCUGCCUCUCGCCGUUCACGCACGACGCCGAGCUGCGGCUGCUCCCUGCCUGCCGCCACGCGUUCCACGCCGCCUGCGUCGACGCCUGGCUCCGCACCACGCCAUCCUGCCCGCUCUGCCGCGCCGCCGUCACGCACCCGCACCCCUCGCUCUCCGCCAUGCUCGCCGCCGCCCAGCCGCCGCCGCCGGAGCCAAGAAGCAGGGACCGUUCCAGAAGCUUCGUCGUUGAGAUCGGCACCGUCAGCAACCGCGGCUCCUCCGCGCCGGCCGGCGGCGGCGACAGGAACAGCCGCACCUACUCGCUCGGCUCCUUCGACUACCAUAUCGACGAGGAGGUGGAGGUCGUCGUGUCCCGCGUCGCUUGCGCCACUGCCGGGGAAGCCACCGUCAAGGAGGAGAAUCCCGCAGCCCAGCAGGAGGCGCCGUCUCCUCCCGGUGAAACGGUGGCCGAUGCAGCGGGGUCGUCGCGCGGCUGGCUGCGGGAGUACGUGGACCGGCUGGCCUCGUCGGCCUACUCGCUCUCCGAGCGGUGGAGCUCACGGUGGAGCCAGAGUCACCAAAGGCAGGAAGAACCGUGGCUGUGGGACGCGGAGGCAGGGGCAGUGGAGAUGUCGACGCCGGGGCCGGACGAGGAGGAGACGGCGUUCAUGGUGAUGUACCGCUGGAUCGCAGGGGUGUAAACGUAGUUGCAUGAAGUUACAAGGCCCUUUGUAUCAAGUUGCUAAUUCAAGUUCAGGUGAUCCAAAUGUUUUGGAAGCUCCUGUUGACUGUGGGUGCAUGGUAGGUGUGAGCAGUAGCAGCAUCUGCACAUAGUUCAUCCUCGGACUUCGGAUUCUGGAAAGCGGGGAAAUAAGACGCCAAGAUAGACAACGUGCAUGCAGAAUUGUUCUUUUCUAUGGUUUAGUUCGUUGCAUUGUAUCAGUUCCUUUCUCCAAGGAUGAGGUUGUCAUCUGUCAUCUACUCAUGUGUGCCUCCGUGCGUGUGUGACUGUAUGUGGUGUGUCACACAACUCACAAACGUGGCAGUCACAGGUGUCAGCAUGAGAGCCAGAUGGGAAAGGCCAUGUCAUCCUGUUCAACGUGGACUGCAGGUUCUGCUGGUAAUGU